AUGGCUGCUUUCGAUCUCCCGAAGAAGUUCGAUGACCUCCCCAACAAGCGCCAGUACUGGCCCGCGGCGCCAGGCUCAGAAGAAGAAGGCCUCGGCAUGCUCCGUAUACUGACCCCGGACAUCAUCGCCAACGCAGCGCGCACACAAAUCCAGACCGGAGAGCGCGUAUGUCUAAACUGGGACCUCGAGAACCUAAACCCUCCAGGAUUCAAGCGCAAGCCCUUUGAGCACAAGGUGAAAUGGGUCGCCGAGGGUAUCGCCUUUGACGACGAGUACCACUUUAACCCUCAGCAAUCGUCUCAGUGGGACGGAUUCCGACAUCAUAACGGGCCUGCGCCGACGAGCGAGGAUUCGUCCCGUAAACUAUUCUACGGCGGUACGACAGCUGAGGAGAUCCAGGAUCCCCAAAACUCGCGUAUCGGAAUCGGAUUCUGGGCCAAGAAGGGAAUUGCCGGGCGUGGUGUGCUAAUCGACUACGUUUCAUGGGCUGAAAAACGAGGUCUCCCUAUCAAUGCUCUAGCACAGGAUCAAAUCUCCCUCGACACGGUUCUGGAAAUCGCCAAAGACUCCAAGAUCGAGUUCCAGCGCGGGGACAUCUUCUUUCUCCGCGUCGGACUACCACAGACAUGGGCAGGUAUGAACGAGACCCAGAAACAGGAGUAUAGCGCGCAGGCGAUGCCGAAACACGCAGGGAUCGAGCAGAGCGAGCGCGUACUGCGGUUCUUCUGGGAUAACCACUUUGCGGCUGUUGCGUCGGACGCAGUAAGUUUUGAGGUGUUUCCACCGCUGAACCCGGAGUUUGAUCUACACCAUCACUUGCUCGCGGGCUGGGGAGUGCCGAUUGGGGAGAUGUUCGAUCUAGAGGAGUUGGCGAAGAUGUGUAAGGAGCAUGGACGGUGGACCUUUUUUGUGUCGAGUAGCCCGUUGAAUUGCAAGAAUGGAGUAUCGAGUCCGCCAAACUGUAUGGCCAUUUUUUAG